CACACCAAUUUCGUCAGAAAUUUUAUCCAAACAAUCUGAAAUCCACACAAUGAUGUCCAUUUCAUCUUCGUCAUUCACCGCCUCCUCAUCUCUCUUUUCCGGCCGGACCCUCGUCAUCGACGCUCCGAACUCGCCGUCGUCCAUCAAGUUCCGUCCGAUGAGCAUCUCGGCCUCAUGCGCAUCAACGGUCGACAGGCCCCGCAUCCACAUUGGGACAAAUCCGUCCCUCUAUGAAGUCCUCGGCAUUCACACGGGCGCCACGUGUCAGGAAAUCAAGACCGCUUACCGCAGAUUGGCCAGAGUCGUGCACCCUGACGCCACCGCAGCUAACGGUCAAAGUUCCUCCGACGAGUUCAUGAAGGUCCACGAGGCUUAUGCCACUCUCUCCGACGCCCAAAAGCGCGCCGACUACGACCGCAGGAUGCUUAUCCGGCGGCCGGUGCCGAUGAGCUCUUCCUUCUCAAUGUCGUCGUCGACGGGAAGGAGAUGGGAAACCGAUCAGUGCUGGUAGCUAAUUAAACGUUAGAAAGGAAAUUAACUAGACAGUUAUAACAGAGCUAGUUAAUCCUGGAAAAUUAGAUAAGCCAGCUUUGUUUAGGCGCGCAUGUGUGUGUACAUAUAGUACAAUUAGCGAAGCUCCAGAUCUUUGAUUUGAGCUACAGGCGUCAUUUUUACAGCCUGAAAUUUCAUAUGGGAAAUUAGACUUCCCCUAAUUGUGAUGUAAGAUCUCCUUUUGGAUGGUGAUUAAUUAAGAUAAUUUUGUUCUUUUCUAUA